AUGUUAGUGUUUAAAGGAGGAAACUUUUUGAGGCAAAGGCUAGCUCUCUCAACAAUAACAGGUAAACCAAUUGUAAUCAAGGAUAUAAGAGCAGAUGAUACAUUGAAUCCUGGUCUAAAUGAUUCUGAAACAUCCCUACUACAUCUUUUAGAUUCUGUUACAGAUGGAUCAAAAAUAAAAAUCAACGAUACAGGUACUACUCUAAAUUAUACUCCAGGAAUAAUUAUUAAUGGUGGUUCAUCAGAAAAACCAUUAAUUCAUGAAUGUCAUCCCAGUAGAUCUCUAUCUUAUUAUAUGGAAUUUUUACUCAUGUUUGCUAUAUUUGGGAGAGAUCCUUUGUGUAUUAAAUUAAUCGGAACAACUGAUAAUAGUGGUACAGACCACUCAUCUGAUUUAAUCAGAAUGGUUACUAUUCCAGUAAUAAAAAAAAUUAUUCCUCAAAUUGGAGAUAUCUCUUUGAGUAUUAUAAAAAGAAGUGUAUCAGAAAACUCUCUUGGCCAAGUAAUAUUAAAUGUACCUAUUGUCAAGAAAAUUGAACCAAUCUCUAUGGAUGGGCCAAUUGGUAGAAUAAAAAGAAUUCGAGGUAUUGCAUGGUACACAGGUUCAGCAUCUGCUCAAAUAGCAAUUAAAAUGAUUUCUAAGGCUAGAGGUAUUAUGAACAAGUUUAUUCCUGACGUAUGGAUUUAUUUUGAUAAGCCAAAGAAAGAUUCUCUUCAAAGUAAUGAAGAAAUGACAGGUUUUGGAAUGACUUUAGUUGCAGAAAGCAUUAAAGGUGCGAUCAAAGGAUCAGAUUGUUCCUGUAUCCCAAGUUUGAGUGAUGUACAAAAAAUGCUUAACAUCCCCAUAGAACUCACCGAGGAAGAAAGAACACUAAAUUCAGAAAAUAGCAAUGAAAAUCAAAUGUCAGAUUUAAGUAGCGGCUCAUCCGAUGAGGAUGACAACUACGGUGGAUUAAAUAAACAAACCUCAAAUUCAUUAGAAGAAAUUCAAAACAAUGAAGAAUUUGAAAAUCUUACAGAUUGGGAAAAAAUUGGAUGGUUAACUGCUACUAGACUACUUUUAGAAAUUGAUUCGCAUAGUAUUGUUGAUACAAGCCACCAAAUAUAUCCUCUUUUGUUUAUGUCACUUUCACAGGAUACUGCUAUUUCAAAACUUAAACUAUCAAAACUAGCACCUAUGACUAUUCAAUUUAUGAGAGAUUUGAAGACUUUCACAAAUGUUGAGUUUGCAAUGAAGGAAGAUAUCGAAGAUGGUAUGUUCAUUACACUUUCUUGUACAGGAAUAGGAUUCUCUAACUUUGCAAGAAAGGCAGCUUAA